GUCACACCCAUCCAUGUGGCGUAUGCCGUCCGCUCGAUAAGAAAGCAGAUCCAAAUUUUAUCGGUCGAUAAAAACUAACUUAAGUAGCUUGCCAAGCGCCAAUGUGUAUAACCCAUCCCAGCAAAUCCUUGUGGUGUGUGGUGGAUUUUUACGCGUUUUUAUAGAUGGAACGGCCCACACGACAUCCAACGACGUCGAUAUGCGCACAGUUGGCUUUGAAUAACGCCCAUUACUUGAGUGACAUUAAAUCCCAAGUUUCGCCGGUUACGUCAUUGGUCCAAUUAAUUACAACGUAUUUUCUCCAAUUAGUGACUCGGUUCAGUGGGAACAUGGAGAGGAAUAACAUAGUGAAUCCCAACUUCUACGGUGACACGACGCUAACUUCAAACACAGGUAAAACAUCCGGACAGGUUGAGGAUAAAAAUAGUUGGAUUCCGUAUUGCUCCCAUGAUUUUUCUGUCCAACAACUAACGAGGUUUGGACACUGGACUGAGACCCCAGAGAAAAUAGCUGCAAACCAACGAGAACACGGCAGCAGUGAAAUGACCAUCUCGUUGUCGACACUACCCACCUACAAUGAUUCCCAUCAAAACCCUUGGAUGGGCAACUCGGCACUAGUGGAUAUUGAAGAAUCAGAAAAUUGGAAAAAUGCGGACCCUUAUGCACACUUGUUACCCACCGGAGUAAAGAGUGGGUUGCAGAAGGACUGUCACUCACUGUUUUGGUGCAACCAUCCGGGUUGCAGUAGGAUGUUUUGCAGCAGAACCAGCCUUCUCCGGCACCGCAUGAUCCACGACCCGAAGCUACCAUUCCCAUGUGAGUACCCACAAUGCACCCGUCAGUUUCACUAUCGAUCGGAGCUGGCUCGUCAUCAGCUAACUCACAGUCGGAAAUCCCACUCUAGUCUGCGAAACACUUCACCCUUCAGUGAUGUCACAAGUAAAACCGUACUUGAGGGUUUCACCAAAGGUCAAUAUGUCUGCGAUCGUCAGGGCUGUGGUAAGCGCUUCAGCACCAGCGUAGUCCUCUCUCGCCAUCGCCAAACGCACCAGAGUAGAAAGGAGCGCACCGCAUUUGUGUGCUCGUACCCCGACUGUAACCGAACAUUUUUACGACAGUACAACAUGGAGGAGCACAUGAAUACUCACACGGGCGCACGGCCCCACAAAUGUCGCUUCCCCGGUUGCAAUAAGCGUUUUCGACAGCGGUCCGCUCUUUGUCAUCACAAGACCGUGCAUAGGGAGAGACCACGGCAGCUGCGCCCUCCAAAGAGCUAUGAGCGCAAAAGUUGCACACGUGACGCGGCACGACACCAGGUAAACAUGCAGCUGCGAUCCACUUUACAUGUCAUUUGACCAACAGACCCUGGAACACAAUAUUUGUUACUUAUGUAAUAUGCACAAUUCUAUUGAUCAUGCUUGG